CAGCUCCGUAGCCAUUUUGGCUCAAGGCAUCUGCCUGGGGCGGCCGGGCUGGCCGGGGGCGACGCGCCACCAGGCCAGAAGCGCUGCAGCUGGCCAAGCCGGCCAGCCGGCAGGCUCCCGGUCUGGCGCCGAUCGGAGCGUUCCCGGAGCGAUGGAGGGCGCGUUGGGGCCAGCCGUGGAGGACGCGUCGGGAGGCCGCGGGCACGACGUCCAGGACAUCGGCGACGGGCAGGCGUCCACCCAGGGCGCCUACCAGAACAAGGCCGACGCGCACCCGACCUCCAAGGACUCCGCUCGGAGGUCGACGGGCAGCAAACCCUCGGUGGACAAUGGGCGCUUCAGUCGCGAGUCGCGCUCCUCCCGGAAGAGCGUGCAGUUCGCCUUCUCCAGGGGCUCGGACGCCAGCUCGAGCUCGCCGCCGCCAGGCGCAGCUCGGGCGACGUGUCCGCUGCCUCGGCUGCAGAGGGCUUCGCGAAGAAGAAGGCGCGGUCUUUCCUCGAGCCGGAUUCCUCGACCGCGGAGCUGGACCCCGGGCUGCGGCGAGGGCUUGCGGCGACCAGCAUUGUGCAGUCCGACGUCAGCGGCAGCGUGGCCGGCAGCAGCGGCCGCUCUGGCCGCGCCUUCUGCUGCCCAGCGUGGGUGAAGAUCAAUCGCCUGCGCCUGUGGCUGUUUCUGGAGGAGCCUUUUGUGGACUGGAAGUCCUCCGCGCUCUCCAGUGUGAUGCUCGUGAUCAUUGGCGCCUCGUUGUGCCACAGCGUCCGUCUUCACGAGCAGGACAGCAAGGCCACGUGGGAGGCGACCUGGAACGACCAGGCCCGCGUGACAGACUCGACCAACUGCGUUUUCAACAUCGUGUUUUGCUGCGACUUGGCGUUUCGGUUGGUCUGUUCGCCCAGCUGCCGCUACUUCCUGAGACACCCAAAGAACUUCAUCGACCUCCUGUCGGUGAUGCCUUUCUUCUGCUGCGACGUGCUGGACGUGCCCGCGUGGGCGCUGUGGCUGAGGCCGCUGCGCCACCUCAGCUCGUACGAGGCGUUCCUGAGGCUCUUGAGGCUGGCGCGAUAUUUCUGGGGCUGGCACCUGCUCCUGCGCGCCAUCCGGGAGAGCGUGAAAGCGCUCGUCAUCCCCAUAUUUUUCCUGAUCCUGAUGGUCAUGCUGAGUUCAUGCACCCUCUAUGUGGUCGAGACGCUCCAACUCACCAGCCAGGGCCUCACCGAGACGGAGUGGAAGGGCAUGACGCUCGAGGAGAGAGUGGAGGGCGGCUUUGUGACCAUCAGGAGCCUGCCGGCGGCGAUGCAUUUCAGCAUCGUCUGCAUGCUGAGCAUGGAGACGGGGCCGUUCUACGGGCUCCAGGCCGCGUCCGCGGUGGGGCAGACGGUGGCCGUGUGCCUCAUGUUCUUCGGCAUGACGUUCAUGGCCAUGCCGAUCGCCAUCGUCGGCUCGGUGUUCGCCGACACCUGGUUCCACCAGGACCGCCUGCUUCUCCUGGAGAACGUCCGCACCCAGCUCCAGGCCCAGGGCUACGAGCCGCAGGAGUUGUGGCUCGUCUUCGAGGAGAUCGACAAGGACUGCUCUGGCGAGCUCUCCUUCGAGGAGUUCAUGACGAUGAUCAAUGCUCUGAACUUGAGGUCCCUCACGCCCGCCAAGUGCCGCAACCUCUUCCGCUACUUCGACACCGACUGCGACGGGCAGAUCAAUUUCUCGGACUUUUCCCUGACGCUCUUCCCGGACCACCCGAUCGCCGAGGACAUGGUGGCGAGAAGCCCGCGCGGCCACGCCUCUGCGGCUGGCAGCUUCGACAGCAGGGAGCCAGGCGAGGAGGCGAGGGUGACGAGGGCGUCUGAGGAGAGCUCGAGGUCGGAGGAAUGGCACGGCGGCGGGGAGAGCCCGAAAGACUCGUCGCGGAACGCUCGGCCGAGCCGCACUUCGAGGAUGGGUUCCAAGGGCUCCGUCGAGGAGAAGGCGUCUAUCUUGCCCCUGGGCACCCUGGACGAGGACGCCGACGCGCGGAGGAGUUGCGCCGCAGACAUCGGGAGCUCGUCGGACUCCAGCUCCGAGUCGGAGGACGAUGGCGUCAACAGGCUUGGCAGCGAUGGCAGCCUGGAGGCUUCACGCCACAAGAGCAAGUACCACCUGCUGAAGGAACAAGCGAGGAGGCUCGAGAAGAUGGCCCGGAAGCUCGAGGAGACCUUCGAGGCGCGGAUGGGCCUGCUCAGCGCCAGCCUGGCGCGGCAGCAGGCGACAUCCCGCGGGACCGGCUUCAGGCGGUCGUCCGGCGCCGGGGUGAUGGGCGGCAUGUUCAGCGGCGACUUUGGCCACGGCGAGAAGGCCAACGGGACAAAUUAUCACAUCCAGGUCUCGAGGCACGCCUCCGCGACUCCGUCGCGGCGCGCCUCCGCGUCGGCCACCCCCACGGCGCGGAGCCCGAGGGCAUCCGCCAGCUCCGUCACCUCCUGGCGGCAGUCGCAGAUGGUCUUCGACCACCGCAACUCAGGCGCGUCGGACGCCUCGCUGACGCCCAGCAGGGCAUCGUCAUUCGGCAACAAUCUGUCCCAACGCUUCUCGGGCGCGUCGGCGGUGUCCGCGCAGAGCGCCGCGCCGCAGCAAGAUCGCCCGCGCCACUCUGGGGGAAACCCAGCCCGGCUCCAGGCGCUGCUGCAGGCCGGUCGGCGCAAGUCGAGGUCGCCUCGCGACCACUGCUCUGCCUCGCCGUCGCCGGCGCCGAUCGCCCUGUCUCCGCACGCGACGAGCCCGCCGAAGAGACGCUGAACGCCCAGCGGCGGGGAGUCAGGCGACGUGGCCGCUGCCCACAGUCUCAGUCGCACGGUGCUGGUCAGUCUCACCCCACUGAGUGCGGUGCCCACUGGUGAGUCUCACCCCACAGGCUCAGUCUCAGUCGCACGGUGCCCACGCGCAUGUGCGCGCCGCCGAGCUGAUCCCAGUCUCACCCCACUGCAGUGCGGAGUAGGCGCCGUCGCCGCGGCAGGCGGGGCUGCGGCCGCAGCGUGCACCCCUGUCCUUGCCUCCCCCUCGGCCCGUCCGGCCUGCUCGCUCGGGGAUCGACUCCUUGGCGCCCCCCCGCGCUGGAAAAAAGGACGGGGGGGAAAGAACACACGGCCCAGGGCGCAGGUCUGCGGGCCUCCUCUUUCGUCGUGGCCUCCCUGGUCGCGCCGGAGGUCUGCCUGCUGGCCUCUCCGUAUUUCGGGGAUUCUCCGGCGGGGCUCCAGGUCUCGCGACUCGCAUUGAGUCUGCCGCCUCUUCUUCCCGCCCGGGGUAGAUGGACACCCGUUCCUCCCCCUCGUUGCUCCCUCCCUGGGUCGCGCUCAUGCCCCCAGGCGUUGGCCGUCCGCCGACACUGCUGAAGCCAGGAAGGGUUGAUCUUAUGCGUGAAUAAGAACUCUUAAUCGUGAAGA